AGUGUGCGGACGUACGAACCGUAGCGCGUGUUCUGAAAAAUUCAACUCGAUAUCGUUUAAUCGUGAACUAAAUCGUGUUGAGUGACAUUUUAGUGUUGUGGUAAUUUUCUUGUGACCUCUAUCGAUAUUUUUGACUUAAAUUUAUCGUUGUGACAUUUAGUUUUUGAUGUGCGCGGGAAUUGUACUCGUUUCCCGUAGCUGAAGCUAAUGGAUCCCAACAAGAGCAGUUGAACCGCUGAAACAUGAAGCCGGCGGCCAUUGCGUUUUGGCGCGAAAUGCCAAUCGCUGUCACACUCACGCUCGCAUUGGCGUGCUGCGUUUCAGCCAGAGACAUUGUUUUGGAUGAAGACUACACCGUGAUAGCUGCAUCUACAAAUGAGAGGCUACGACUGAUCUGCGGACUGAAGCCCAGGAACCAGGUCCAUAUCGUUAGGUGGUUCUUCGACGGAAAGCCCCUGGAUAUUCAGUUAAGACCCAGGGUAGUGCAGCUGAAACAAUGGUUAAAAAUAAAGUCGUUUCGAGAUGAAGACGCCGGAGUGUACACUUGUCAUAAUGAAGAGGAUAAAGGAAAAGAAAUGAGUGUCACAAUUAAACAUAAGCCAGAUCUAAGCAAUAUAGAAGAAUACCAAUCAGAUGUGGACGUAUUGAGACCGAUACAAGAUAUACUAUCCCAACAUUCGGCUCCCCUAGUCAAGAAAGACAUAAAUGAAGAGAACGCGACUGAUCCUAGACUUAAGUACCAGUUGUAUGAAACAACUGACGACGAUAUUGAUGCCAGUAACGAGAAAUCGCACCUUAACAAUGGUUAUUUUGAUGCUACUAAAGAAAAAUACGCACCGAAGUUUAAACAUCCUACGAGAAUGUUUAAAAUGGAAAUAAAGCCACCGGGAACCACUAUUCGUUUUAAAUGUGUUGCUGAAGGUAAUCCCAUGCCGAACAUCACCUGGUACAAAAAUAAUGGGACACCAAUAUCGAGGAGUUACUUCAAACCGACCUACGGAAAAUGGUAUAUGGAAUUUGAAGAAUUAACGAAGGCUGAUGAGGGAAACUAUACAUGCAAAGUUUGCAACGAAUUGGGUUGUAUCGAAUACACAUACACACUUCAAAUAUAUAAAGCAAUGCCUGAAAUACUUUCCCAACAUUCCGCGCCAUUAGUUGAGAACAACACUAUCGAAGAGAACGCGACUGAUCCUAGACUCAAAUAUAAAGAGUAUGACGUCACGAAGGACGACGAUAUUGAUGAUAAGAAUGAAAAAGAACAUCUUAACUACGGUCAUGUAGAUGUUACAAAAUCGAAAUAUGCACCAAAGUUCAAGCAUCCUACGAAAUUAUUUAAAAUGGAAAUGAAACCAGCAGGAAGCUCUAUUCGGUUUAAGUGCGCGGCCGAAGGUAAUCCCAUGCCGAACAUCACCUGGUACAAAAAUAACGGUACACCAAUAUCGAGGAGUUUCUUCAAGCCCUCGUAUGGAAAAUGGUCUAUGGCAAUCGAUGAAUUAACAAAGGCAGAUAACGGAAACUAUACAUGCAAAGUGUGUAAUGAAUUGGGUUGUGUUGAGCAUACGUACACACUACAUAUACAAGAGCGUUUAUACGCAAAGCCCGUCUUAACCGUAGCAGCUGUUAACCUGACCAAAGUGGUUGGGUCCACUGCUAUAUUCAGCUGUGAAUUCCUUAGUGAUCUCCACCCAUACAUUUACUGGAUGUACUUCAGUAAAAACGAGUACAUCUAUAAUGAGACCACGACUGACCCCUCUUCGAAGGAGUCCGUUGUAUAUGAGGAUCAAACUAAAUUUGUUACGAGUGAAAACCCAGCAGAUAAACCGGAACAAUUAACGAUUUAUAAUGUAACGAAAGAAGACGAGGGCUGGUAUGUGUGUGUUGCACUAAACUCGCUCGGUAACACUACAGCGAAAGGUUACCUUACUGUAUUGGAUUCAUUACCAGAAACCAAACCCCUUGAUCACGGCAAACACAGCCUGCUUAUAAACGUAUUGACUGCUGUAUUGGGAGCCAUGUUCUUUGUAGCGGCCAUCAUAGUAGUGAUGAUAUUCAAGAGGCUUAAAGAGGAGAAGAUAAAGAAGCAAUUAGCUAUAGAGACAGCGAGGGCGGUGAUAGUGACGCAUUGGACGAAGAAAGUGACUGUAGAAAAACCACAGAUGAAUGGAACGCAGAACACUACUGAAGAAGGCUUAUUAAUGCCAGUAGUGAAGAUCGAGAAGCAAAAACUCUCUCAAGUGCAAAGUAACUGCGAUGCAAUGAUGAUGUCGGAAUACGAACUACCCGUAGACAUAGACUGGGAGGUUCCCAGAGAGUCACUCAGUAUUGGCAAGGUGCUUGGGGAAGGAGAAUUCGGAAAAGUUGUAAAAGCGGAAUGCGUGGGAAUUGUGAAGCCGGGGGUACAGUCUGUCGUGGCCGUUAAGAUGCUGAAAGAGGGCCAUACAGACGCAGAGAUGAUGGCGCUUGUGUCAGAAAUGGAGAUGAUGAAGAUGAUCGGCAAGCACGUAAACAUCAUUAAUCUUUUGGGAUGCUGCACACAAGACGGGCCCCUCUAUGUGAUAGUUGAAUAUGCGCCCAAUGGCAACCUCCGAGAGUUUCUGAGAAACCAUAGACCUGGAAACAGGUAUGAAUCAGAUGUAGAAGAUAAAACAAAGAAAACACUAACACAAAAGGACUUAGUGUCAUAUUCUUACCAAAUUGCGAGAGGCAUGGAGUAUUUAGCGUCUCGAAGAUGCAUACAUCGAGAUCUUGCAGCUCGCAACGUUCUCGUCACAGACGACUGUGUGCUCAAAAUAGCGGACUUUGGACUCGCGAAGGACGUCCAUAGCAAUGAUUACUACCGCAAGAAGACUGAGGGUCGAUUACCAGUUCGGUGGAUGGCACCCGAGUCGCUUUACCACAAAGUAUUUACCACGCAGACUGAUGUCUGGUCCUUUGGUGUUCUACUGUGGGAAAUCAUGACGUUGGGCGGUACGCCGUACCCCACGGUACCAGGGCAGUACAUGUACCAGCAUCUCAGCGCGGGCCACAGGAUGGAGAAACCGCCGUGCUGUAGUUUAGAAAUAUACAUGCUAAUGCGAGAAUGCUGGUCUUUCUCCCCUGGCGACCGGCCGUCCUUCACAGAGCUGGUCGAGGACCUGGACAAGAUCCUCACCGUGACCGCCAAUCAGGAGUACCUGGACCUUGGGCUACCGCAGCUGGACACCCCUCCAUCCAGUUACGAUGGCUCAGGGGACGAGAGUGAUAGUGAAUUUCCUUUUAUAAAAUAAAACAUUUUUAUACCAGUGACUUGUACAAGUACAUGUGAAAAGCAUUUUAAGUGAAACUAUCAAUUAUUUCACCUAAAACCUAAGUGACAUAAGUGUCUUCUUAAGUUUUAUAUUCGGAUGAGAUGAAGCAGCUAUCAUACUGAGUAUUAUAAAUGCUACAUUGUUUUCGACAGAACUUAUCGAGAUUAUUUUUGUCCUGAAACACUUUACACGGAUAAAUUUACUGCUACUGUUGUUAUCUAGAUAGUUGUCGACCAAUAUUUUUGGACCAUGACCCUUGUACUUUGAUGACGAAUUAUAAACGUCACAAAUCUUCGUUAUUUUUUCCUGAAAAAAGAAAUUGGCAAUACUUAAGUUGGACAUGGUUCAGUUCAAAUGUCACAUUUUAUUUAUUUUCCUUCAUAAUGUAGUAGGUAGUUAAUAGAGGUUUGAGGAUCGGCCAAAUAUACAAUUUUGGAUCUACCCAAUACUGUCUAUCAAACUGUAUUGGCUGAGCAAACUGUAGUGUUUGGGAGACAUAGCAAUGGCUCUUUACCGAUGAUCGAAGUCGAAUGUUUACGGGAGAGCAACUAUUCCCCGGUAUUGUUCUUACUAGCGACAAGAGGUUCCGGCCUACUAGUGUGGUUAUGGGCCUCAAAGUCGUUUCGUCCACGAAUCCCAUGUUAAUGAUGCUUUCACCAACUUGCGCAGCGGCGUUUGUAAUAUCUGGUGUUUUCUGGAGCACUGGAGAUAGUGUACGCCAGGUUCGACCACUGUUGCUAUUCUAUGGAUGUUUGUGCACGGUUGGCUGUCAGUUCGAGUGAACAUGCGACAUGCCGUUGGAUUCAUUCUAGAGACGAAGUUAAUGUCGUUACUGACAAACCUUGAGGUACCAAAGCCUAAAAUGCUAUUUCCUGGUCUUGAUGUUGCAGUUGUCGUACGGGCUCCGUACUCAGAAUGAUAUCAC